GUUCUUCUUCCUCCACUUCGUCGUGCUGCCUGGCAGGAUGAGCGACAAAGGCACCAGGGUUUUUAAGAAAGCAAGCCCCAAUGGGAAGCUCACGGUCUAUCUGGGGAAGAGAGACUUUGUGGACCAUGUGGAUCUGGUGGAACCUGUGGACGGGGUGGUCCUGAUAGACCCGGAGUACCUGAAGGAGAGAAAAGUGUUUGUGACUCUGACCUGUGCGUUCCGGUAUGGUCGUGAGGACCUCGACGUCCUGGGCCUGACAUUCAGGAAGGAUCUGUUUGUGGCCAAUGUCCAGGCGUUCCCACCGGUACUUGAAGAGAAAAAGAAUCUCACUCGUCUUCAGGAACGCCUUAUCAAAAAGCUGGGAGAGCACGCCUACCCAUUCACCUUCGAGAUUCCCCUCAACCUGCCCUGCUCCGUCACCCUCCAACCAGGCCCCGAGGAUACAGGGAAGGCCUGCGGUGUGGACUUUGAAGUGAAAGCUUUCUGUGCUGAGAAUGUGGAGGAAAAGAUCCACAAGAGAAACUCAGUGCGGCUGGUGAUCAGGAAGGUCCAGUAUGCUCCAGAGAAGCCGGGGCCUCAGCCCAUGGCGGAGACCACCAGACACUUCCUCAUGUCAGACAAACCGCUGCACCUGGAGGCCUCGUUGGACAAAGAGAUCUACUACCAUGGUGAGCCAAUCAGCGUUAACGUGCACGUGACCAAUAACACCAACAAAACUGUCAAGAAGAUGAAGAUAUCAGUGCGUCAAUAUGCAGACAUCUGCCUGUUCAACACGGCGCAGUACAAAUGUCCGGUGGCCACCGAGGAGUCGGAUGAUUUUGUGGCUCCGAGUGCAACCUUCUGUAAAGUUUUUAGUCUCACGCCGUUUCUGGCAAACAACCGACAGAAACGAGGCCUCGCUCUGGACGGAAAACUGAAGCAUGAAGACACGAACUUGGCAUCCAGCACACUGUUGAGAGAAGGAGCCAACAGGGAGAUCCUCGGCAUCAUCGUCUCUUAUAAAGUCAAAGUGAAGCUGGUUGUCUCUCGUGGCGGGCUCCUGGGAGAUCUGGCAGCAAGUGACGUUUCUGUUGAGCUUCCCUUCACGCUGAUGCAUCCGAAGCCAUUAGAAGAGCUGCUGCUCAGAGACGCCCCAGAUGAAACGCCCAUUGACACCAACCUCAUUGAGUUUGACACAAACGAUGAUGACAUCAUCUUUGAGGACUUUGCCAGGCAGCGGCUGAUCGGAGCGAAGGAGGAGGACGAGGAGGAGGAGGAGGGGACAGACUCGCCCAAGAUGAACAACAGAUAGAGGGGAAGAGAGGAAGCACCAUCCAGGAAACCCGUCAGCAGCCUGCCACUGAGGAGAACCGCCUUGUGAUCUGCCCACAUCCACCUUCUCUGUACUGCCAGGCCCAGUCCAGACCAACACCUUCCUGGUAUCCAUACUGGUCCUGGUACUGGUACUGACGCCAGUAGCGGUAACAGUACCAGUAUUGGUGCACUGGUGUUUUACUGGUCCUUACACUGGUACUGGUCUUAGUUCUGUCUCGGGUAUUGGUUCUAGUACAUGCAGUGGUUCUGCUCCUAGUCCUAGUCUUGGUAUUGGUUCUGGCACUGGUUUUGAUGUUGGUGGGGGUUUACCAGAGAGGAGCUCCAUUUGACUGACAGGAAGUGAAGACGGGUAGAAGCGGCGCUGCUCUCGCAUCACUUCGUUCCACUUCCUGUCGUUUGAGGUUUGGUUUUCUGUCCUUCGGUCUCGGCAGGAACAGAAACGAAAAAGGGAAUCUCUGCUCUUCACCUGGAAACGAGUCUUUUACGACCGGUACCGGAACACCGGUAAACAACACGAGUCCAGCCGGGAAAAAAAACCAAACUGGAGCGGAAGGUUUUACAAUGUUAAUAGAUCAGCCAAUUAAGACCAACCAAUCAGAGGCAGUGCCACUCUGCAGGUGUGUGUGUGUGUGUGUGUGUGUGUGUGUGUGUGUGUGUGUGUGUGUGUGUGUGUGUGUGUGUGUGCGUGUGUGCGUGUGUGUGUUUUAUAGUAAAACAUGGCGUCAGCCUGACCUGCAUCUCUUACAUUGGUGGAUGUUUGCAUGAAAUAUGUCAAUAAUUUCUGUUUUGUGAAAACUGUGCUAGCCAACCUUUCCUGUCUCACACACGUGAUGCUCAUGAUGGAGGCGUCCUUUACCUUCUCAAUCUACUUUGUUGUUUUGCUGAACAAACUGUUUUUCUGUGGGGAACCAAAAGUGAGAUGAGACUGUUCGUUUGGGUUCUGGACGGUCUAGACGGGGACUGAACAGCAGAAAACAGAACUGACUGUCUCAGACUAAAGAGGUCCCAUCCAAUUCUGCAGUUAUUUCAAGGUUUUUGAUUAUUAAUACAGUGUUCCUAGCAACAAGAUGAAUCUACCCAUUAUCACUGCUAUUCUUAUUAUCACUAUUAUUAUUAUUAUUAUUAUUGUUACUAGAAAAUAAUGAAAAAAGAGAAAAAAGAGAAACUGUAUAUUUGGUUGCAUCUUUAAUAAAAGGAUAUU